GAUAUCUCUGAAAAAAUUAAAAGUUGUCGUGGCUCCCUCGCAUGGGGGCGUUGACGUCCGGCGACCUCCGGCCCAAGAACACGCUCAUGAUCAUAUAACCCUCAAUCAAUAGAAUUCGUCUUCCUGUUACUGUAGUGUAAUGGAACAGAAUUCUUUCCCUAACCACAGUAUUAUCUACUGUGGUUCUCAUAAUGUUUAUGUUUUUUAUAUUUUCUAAAAUAAAUAAUAUAAGAAGCAGUGUGGUCAUUAAGUUCGUUUAUAUUGCGUAUAUCCCCUACAAAUGAUAUAAGAAUUCUUCUCUUUUGGUUGACUCUUAUUUCGCUUUGUUCUUCUCUCUCUCUCAUCGUUCGUUUAACAAACGUUUAGAAGAACAUUUGUAAUGGAAAUUUGUAGAAAUGGAAAGCCAACCCGAAUAAUGAGAUGGCGGCUAUCGUUGUACCGUUACUUUGCUCUCAGCAAAUUUGACAAUGAGUGACUUCGUAUUAGCACCAGUAUGGCCAGAUUACCAUUGUCGUAACAUGAUUUAGCAUUUUUUUUUUGUUAUUUAGUCUCGGAGUUUUAAUUCUUUCUUCAUGACAUUUUGUUAGCAUCAUUUAAUUAAAAUGUAAUAAUGAUAAUUUUGUAAAAUAUACAUUUUAAAAAAUUAAUUCUCCCAGUUUUAUUAAGCUUUACUUUUUUUAAAAUCUGGUCGCAUUGCCCGCGAUUGCAGUUGUUGUUGGUGUUUUUCUCCUUUCAGCAGUCAAAUCUUUCACUCGCUAAGAAAGAACAUAAAAUAGCAAAUUUUUAUUGAAUUACUUAAAGAAUUUUGUAUGCGUGACAAAUUGUCUUAUAGUAGAAUGUGCGUUUUUUUUAAAUAAAUGUGUGCUUAUGUACAAUUUAAUUUAUGAGUUAUUUUUUGUUAAGGGAGACUCUUUUGUUAAGGGAACGACUUAUUUGCUAUAUUUGAAGUUAUGUAACUAGAUAAGGAACUAUUUUUGUAAAAAUGUCAGUAUGGUUUCUUCAGUAUUUUUUGGUAUUUGUGGCUUAUUUUUACUAUGAUUACACCUCUUGAUUACCUAUGUCCCACUAAGGAUUGAGGACCGGUAGAAACGAUUACACCUCUAUGACCCGAUUUACACGAGGAGACAUCUGGAAGGGAGACACUGGAAAUUCUCUUUUGAUGUUUCAUUCGCUUUCACACGGGCAAAAAUGUUUCCGCGACAUUUUUGACAUUUUGCAUAUUUUGACAUUUCUCUAAUUUGUGCAGCGAUUAUUAUUCUCAAUUUUAUAAAGUGAAGGAAAUAUUUUCCAAAAAUAUGGAUAAAAAACAAAAGUGCGAAUUAAUUACAAGCAUAUUUCAAUCCAUUAGAGAAGCUAUGCAAUUGGACUCCGAUGACAGCGAUAAAGAGGAAAUACUUUUAGGAUUGGCCAGAUUGGGCGAGAAAGCUGCAUCGUUGCCUAUCAAGAGAGCCAAGCGGGAAUGGAUAAAGGAAUGGAGGAAAAAUAGGUGCGAUCGCGGCUCGUUCGCCUUUUUAAACAAAGAAUUGCUGGUACACGAUGAGCAAAGCUACAGGAACUUCCUACGAGUAUCAAAAUCUCAAUUUGAUUAUUUGCUGUCGCUAAUAGCGAAUGAAAUACAACGCUCUGAUUCGACUAUGAGAGCCGCGAUUCCCGCAGCAGAAAAAUUGGCAUUGACGCUGCGAUUUCUCAGCACUGGAGAGUCUUACGUGAGUUUGGAUUACCAGACCCGUUUAUCCAAAUCUUCAAUUUCCUGUAUAGUUCCUGGGGUAUGCAGUGCCCUUUAUAACAAAUUGAAAUCGUCGUAUUUAAAGUUUCCAAACAGCAAUUCAGAAUGGGAGGCCAUUGCAAAAGAAUUUGCAGUUAAAUGGCAAUUCCCCAACUGCAUUGGCGCGUUAGAUGCACCGAUAAAUCUGAAAGUGGCCACUGUAGAGGAAAUUGUAUUGACGUGUUGUGCUUUACACAAUUAUUUAAUCGAAAAUGGCGAAAUGUUCACUGAUGAGAGAGUAAACGCAGAAACUGUAAAUAAUAACCACUCAACUGAUUCCGAUGUAUUCUACAAUCUAAACAAAAAAUAGUAAAAAAUGAAAUAUAUAAAUAAAUAUACAAUAAACGGUCAAAAUAAAUAUAUCAAACAUGUAAAAGUAUACAACUAACCUCAUUUUCACAAUUUCAGCCUUGCAUAAUUCCUGAUCUGGCGCGUGAGGAUGAUCUGCUAUGUUUUUGAAUAUGACAACUGGUUCCCAUGGCAUUGUAUCCGCGGUAAUUGUACGAACUGUACAUUCUCCAUUCCGAAGUUUCACGCAAUCCCAAUAAGCUUUUCCUUUACUUCUUUUUGAUCGCUGAUAUACAUGACCGUCCAAUAUUAAUUUCGUCCCUAAUAUUUCUCGUGCUGGUUCCAUUGUGAUACGAAUAUAUGUAUGUAGAAUUAAAAUAUAAAAAUGUUCAAACACUAAAAAUUUUAUACAAAAAUGUCGAGAACAAACAGAAGUUAAAAAGUAGAAUGACAGUUGCAUUCGUUUCUAUGGAAACAUUAUUCUUCUGUUGGAACCAUUUAUGCGUCAAUUAUUUAAAAAUAUUCGGUAAAUUAGUUAUUCGGGAAAUUGGUUUUCGGGAAACUGGCAUUCGGGAAAAUGGCAUUCGGGAUUUUGGUUAUUCGGAAUUUUAGACAUUCGGGCCAGCGGCAUUCGGGAAAUUCGAUUCGGGAAAAUGACCGGAUACCAAAAAAAAUAAAUAAAUAAAAAUUCACUUCAUGUGUAAACGCUUAACUGAAACAAAGUUACAAAAAAAUAAUUGGCUUUCAAUUCAGUAUUUUCUUUAAGGCCCUUUGG